AUGUUAGCGAUAGACGGUACAAACGUCAGUGUUCCGGAACAGCUACAUCUGUACAGUCGGUUGACUCCUUUCCUCUUUCCCGCUGGGGAAGAAACGGGAAUUUGGAGAUUGCCAAAGUUAUCCACUGUGAACCGGUUGUGGGUUCUACCGGGACGACGCCCGGAUAAGGUCGAUUCUGGCAUAUUCCAAACGGCCAGUGUCUCUAUGGAAAGUAAUGGAGGAUAUGGUGAUGAGUCGCGCCUUGAUAUCAGAGACGGGUUUACUCUGAAGCGUCUGCGUGUCUGGUACUUUGAUACUCUGAUACGUCAAACAAUAGCAAUGGCAUGUAGGACUAUCAGCUAUGACGACUCGCUAGGCCAACGCCUUGACAAAAGUGCUGUCCAGGGCCGCUCUUCAGGCCAGUGGCUGGCCUAUGUAUGUGCACCUCGCCUGGCUAUCUGGACAUCGCGUAUGCAGACACUAUUAAAUGUUUCAUGA